AUGUCUAACUACGCUACGCCGGGGCAGAUGCGCACUCUGCGCGCCUGCAUGAUUUGUUCGUUCGUGCAGACCACCCAGAAAUUCAAGCAGACCGGAUGUCCCAACUGCGAGCAGCUGCUCCAGAACCUCGGACACGACGCGAUCGAAGACAUUACGUCGCACGUCUUUGAGGGUUUGGUCGCACUGCGAGAGCCGACGAAGUCGUGGGUCGCCCGUUGGCAGAGGGUCGAGAAAUGCGAGAAGGGAGUUUACGCUGUUAAGGUCAGCGGAAACUUGCCGGAAGAGAUUCUCCGUGAGUUGGAGAACAGCAACAUGGUCUACCGCCCCCGCGAUGGUAGUUACGUCGUCGAGGAUUGA